AUGGUCACACAAGGCUCCAGCCACCCUGCGCCCCUGCCAGAGGGGCUGCUCCAGCAGCGGUACCGAGAGGAGAAGAGCCUGCAGGAGAGGCGGUGGGAAAGGCUGGCGAUCCCAGAGAGGAAGAAAGCAUUCCUGGGCCACCUGAGGCGCAGACACCGUGACCACAUGGCACCUUACCCGGCUGAGAGGGAACCCAGGAUCGUUUCCUCAGGGAACAGGGAUCAGAAUCGAUUCCGAUGCGAGUGUCGAUACUGCCAGAGCCAUAGGCCGACUCUUUCUGGGAUCCCUGGGGAGAGAAGCGGGGCCCCUCCUGCUUCCUCCUGGGAGGCGCUAGUGCAGGGCCUCAGCGGCCUGACCCUCAGCCUGGGUACCAGCCAGCCCGGCCUUCUGCCCGGAGGGGCGCUCCAGCAGCAGGAGAGAGAGGAGAAGCGCCAACUGGAGAGGCAGCAGGAGAGCAAGAGAGUGUUCCAGAGGCUGCUCAAGCAGUGGUUAGAGGAAAACUGAGACACUGCUCGUCACGCGAGGCAGAUCAGGAGGGAUUCAGGCGCAGAUGCGGUGUUGCCAGCUCCCGGGCGUGGGACCAGACAGUGAGCUCUAGUUGGAGGACGGCCGAUACCUGUGUCAUGACCAGAAUCCUCCCAGCAUGAUGUUGGAAGGAAGGUCCUACUCUCUCGUGCCUGUCAUUCUUGGAUCGCUGUGAGGCAUUCUGUGGCAAGGGAGACUGCGUACCAGGGGUCCUCACCUCAUCUCAUGUGGCUUCCAUGGUGCAUGUUGUCACUUUCCCACCCCGGAUCUCCAUCUUUGCUCCCUACCUUGUUGUCAGUAAGAGAUAAAAUGUCUGUGUAGUGUCAAUGGCUUUGUUGCUAUCCAUGUGCUUUUGUGCCAUUUAACUGACUGCCUCUGAGAAGCAGUGCUAGGUCUGUCAAAAUGCAACGCGCCACCCUGAGGUCCAGUUUCAAGAACCGGAAGCUGAACAAAGUGUGGGAAAGGGAUGUGGAAUGAGAACUCGGUGGUUCACCAUUGUACUGUUUGUGUAAACUAUUGUGAAUAUGAUAAGCUAAAUGUAAGUAAAUGUUUCCCUGCUCUUUAACAGUCGAGUCAUAUUCCUCCUCGCAGGAA